CCUGAUUUCUUUUCUUUGACAAAUGUUUAUUUUGCUUACAUAUACAUUAUAUGGGUUUUUCUAGAAUAACACCGUUUGCUUUUCAGCACUGUCACAAUCUUCUUCUACCAAAGUCUUUCAUAUCUAGUCGACUGACCAGAAAUACAACCAGUAAUCAUAAAAUCAAGUGUAUUCCCUUAGCAGUAAGAGCUCACUCAGCAGCAGCAGCAGCAGCACCAACAAUGGUCAAAGCUAUUAGAGUUCAUGAACUUGGUGGCCCUGAGGUUCUCAAAUGGGAGGACGCCCAAGUAGGAGAACCAAAGGAUGGAGAGAUCAAGGUGAAAAAUAAGGCCAUUGGCCUCAACUUCAUUGAUGUAUAUUUCCGAAAAGGAGUUUAUAAAGCUGCUGCACUUCCCUUUACACCAGGUAUGGAGGCCGUAGGGGUUGUAACAGCUGUUGGUCCCGGAUUGACGGGGAGGAAAGUUGGAGACAUUGUUGCAUAUGCUGGCAAUCCUAUGGGUGCAUAUGCUGAGGAACAGAUCCUUCCUGCCAAUAAAGUUGUGCCUGUUCCUCCCUCUAUUGAGCCCACUGUUGCAGCAUCCGUACUUCUCAAAGGCAUGACUGCUCAGUUCCUACUGCGCCGCUGCUUCAAAGUUGAACAUGGGCACACAGUACUUGUUCAUGCUGCAGCAGGUGGAGUUGGCUCCCUAUUGUGCCAAUGGGCAAAUGCCCUUGGUGCUACAGUCAUUGGGACUGUAUCAACUAAAGAGAAGGCAGCCCAAGCAAAAGAUGAUGGGUGUCAUCAUGUCAUAAUCUAUAAGGAAGAGGAUUUUGUCACUUGUGUCAAUGAGAUCACAUCUGGCCAAGGAGUUGACGUUGUCUAUGAUUCUGUUGGGAAAGAUACCUUUCAGGGAUCAUUAGACUGCUUAAAAACUCGUGGAUACAUGUUGAGUUUCGGGCAGUCAUCUGGCUCACCAGAUCCAGUACCUUUAUCAGCUCUUGCAGUGAAAUCGCUAUUUCUGACAAGGCCGAGCAUGAUGCAUUACACAAUAACGAGGGAUGAAUUACUGGAAACUGCUGGAGAGGUAUUUGCAAAUGCUGCAUCAGGUGUCCUACGUGUCCGUGUCAAUCAUACUUAUCCCUUGUCUCAAGCAGCACAAGCACAUGCUGACCUUGAGAGCAGGAAGACAUCUGGAUCAGUUGUCCUGAUUCCAGAUGGUGAGCAGAAGUAGUCUACUUUGGUACUGAUCCCACAUGAAAUGUAUGAAAGGGCAUGGCGGAUUUCAAGUCUAUAUAAUUCUGAGACGAAGUGCUGAGCUGAACCAUAAUAAAUGCCUUUGUACAUUCUUUGUCGAUUUUCGCUUCCCAUUA